GAGAGAGAGAGAGAGAGAGAGGGAAUGAGCAUUGACUGAGGAGCAUAGCUUUUCAUCCAAACCUAUCCGUUUUUUGUCCUCGACUGCACUGCUAAGCAUUGACUAAAUUCUGAAGCAGGGAAAUAUAUUUUUUCGCAGUUUAGGAAGCGUUUCUCAGUAAAAUAAAUCGUCUUCGUUAACCUUAAUGAAGUGUAUUUAUUGUAAACUUCUUGUAUUUCCCACUUCGGCUUGAACUGCACCAUGAAUAGUUCCUGGGCACCUCUCUAUCUAAUACCGUUGGAAUGGUCGGGAUUACGCAGCCGAAAAACGGAGAGCAUGUAAACGCUGAUGGAGUUUGGGAUUUAUUGCGAAAUAAGGGAAAGAUGACCGUCUUCUCUUUGUGCUUGCUCUUGUGCGCAGAUCUGCUGGAUUUAGCCGUUGGAUAUUUGACAGUUACCAUAGAUCCUCUGCCGCCUGUGGUUGUGGGAGAGACUGUUACUCUGAAGUGCAACUUCAAGACUGAUGGAAGACUUCGAGAGAUUGUUUGGUAUAGGGUCACUGACGGGGGCACCAUUAAACAGAAGAUCUUCACCUAUGAUGCCAUGUUCAACACCAAUUACUCUCACAUGGAGGACUACCGCAAGCGAGAAGACCUGGUCUACCAGUCCACGGUCCGGCUUCCAGAGGUGCGGAUCUCAGACAACGGGCCCUAUGAGUGCCACGUGGGCAUCUACGACAGGGCCACCAGGGAGAAGGUGGUCCUGGCAUCUGGAAACGUCUUUCUCACCGUUAUGUCGCCCCCAAAUAACAUCUCGGUGAUGGCAGAGAACACCCCCGCUCCGUUCAGCCGGUACCAGGCCCAGAACUUCACGCUGGUCUGCACCGCAAGAGGAGGGAAGCCCGCCCCGUCGGUGUACUUCAAGCGUGAUGGGGAGUUGAUAGAGGUAAUCUCCUACAUCCACCCCUCGGCUUUGGAGGAGGGGGCGGGCGGGGGCUCGGCGGGGGUGCGUGGGGCCCGCCCCCUCAUCAGCCGAGACCUGGACGACACCAAACUCCAGAGGUCCCUCUCCCUGCUGGACCCCGAGGGCCGACCCACGCGCCUCUUCACCGAGACCCCGGCCCGGGGCAGCCACACCCAGGGCCAGCAGGCACCCGAGCCCAGCCCCGCCACGGAGGUCAUCCCGGAGACGGUGGUGAGCCGCGAGUUCCCCCGCUGGGUUCAGAGCACCGACCCUCUGUACUACUUCAGCCACACCCACAUCCCCCAGAGUGACGGGUCCGUCCUGGUCCAGGCCAGGCUCACGUGGACCCUCAACCCCCAGCUGGACAACGACGCCCUGUUCAGCUGCGAGGUCAAGCACCCGGCUCUGUCCAUGCCCAUGCAGACUGAGGUCACUCUGGCGGCCCCUAAGGGCCCCAAGCUCCUGAUGACUCCCACCAGGGCAAAGGUAGGGGACACGGUGCGCAUCACCGUCCAAGGCUUCCAGGUAGGAUCCCCAGGGAACGAGGUGUUCCCCGAGCCGCUCUUCACCUGGACGCGUGUGGGGGGGCGGCUGCUGGACGGGAGCAUGGAGAAGGACGGCAAGGAGCUGAUCCUGGAGCGCGUGCCGGCCGAGCUCAACGGCUCCAUGUACCGCUGCACGGCCCAAAACCCCCUGGGCUCCACCGACACGCACACGCGCCUCAUCGUCUUUGAAAACCCAGCCAUGAUGAAGAACACUCAGAAUCCAACCAAUGGGGGCUCAUCUCCACACGUGAUCAGACUAACAUGGAUGCUGCUGGUCCUCACAGUGACUGCCGGACUGACGUGAACUCCCUUCCGACACACACACACACACACGUGUGUAUACACAGGAGCACAUGUACAUCUCAACAUAUUUCCUGUCUACUUACAGUCAAUACACAUACACGAACACACCCCAAACACACACACACAGAAACAAGCCACAAACACACAUGUACGAGCACACACUCACCACAAUCCUGCAAGCCUUUUCCAGUCAUCCGACAGACCCUAGAUGCGUCCGUUUAUCAGGAAACAGUGUCGCCAACAGGGGGCGCUCCACCCUGGUUUUUUGUAAUGAAAUGAUAACCAAUAUUAUGAUAUCAAAAGAAUAACAACCGUGAAAAAAAAGAACAAAAAAAAACACCUUCAGUAUAUCCUCGCCCAAGCCACACCCUUUUUUUGGUUUCCUGUCCCAAGUCUGC